AUGGCCAUUGGAUUGUCGUUCGGACUUGGAAUUGACCAAAAGUUGGUACUAUUCUACGGUCUUCGUGCAGUCUUAGGACUCUUAUCGGCCUAUGCUGAAGCACUAUUCUACCAUUCUAUUAGCAAACACUUUGGUCGACGGACUGCUCGGUAUUUCCUAUAUAUUUUACUCUUCAAUCCUGGACUCUUUCAUGCCAGUACAGCAUUUUUACCCAGCAGCUUUUCAAUGGUCUUGAUCAUGCUAUUUACGAGUGCGUGGAUGAACAGGAACCAUUACUUUGCUCUCUUUUAUGGAGUAGUGGCUGUACUUUGUGGCUGGCCAUACGUUGGUGUUCUCUUUAUUCCUUUUGCAAUUGAGACGCUUUAUACUCGUGGAGUAAUGAAGAGUAUCCUCAUUGGGGCAGUUAUUGCUGGAGGUGUUGUAACACUGGAAGUGUUUGUGAAUUUUUACUAUUAUCAGCGCUGGGUACUACCGGCAUGGAACAUUUUAAUGUACAAUGUGCUGAGCAACGAGACAGACUCGACGCUCUACGGAACGGAACCGCUGAGUUAUUACUUGCUGAAUCUCGCUCUCAAUUUUAAUGUGGUGGCUUUACUAGCUGUACCAGCAGCGCUGUUCAUUUUCGUACGACCUAGUCAUGAUGAGACGGGAAGAAUGCAGUUAAUGGCAUACUUGUCUCCCAUGUACAUAUGGGUGGCGAUUAUGUUUACUCAGGCACACAAAGAGGAACGAUUCCUGUCCCCAGUCUACCCGCUCUUUUGUCUGGCUGCUGCAAUCACGUUAAGCGCAGUAGUGUAUCAUAUUGAACGAAUUUUCAGUCACGCCCGUACUGUUGGAAAUGCACUCUCACAGCUGAUUGUACUAGGUACGCUGGGUAUGUACUCGCUACUGUCUGUUUCUCGUAUUGUCAGCAACGUCGUCAACUUUGGCGCUCCGCUUCGUGUGUACGAGCAUCUGUAUACAAAGGUGCUACCGAAUCCUACAAGUGACAUGACUUGGAAUGCAGUGAUGCCUACGGUAAACUUGUGCCUCACAAAGGAAUGGUAUCGUUUUCCGACAAGCUUUUUUAUUCCGUCCAACAGCACCAAGGUGCAGUUUGUCAAAUCGUCGUUUUCAGGUCUCUUACCAAAGCGUUUUGAGGAGCACAUACACGGCACAUCGAUUAUUCCAAGCGCCAUGAACAACCACAACCGUGAGGAGCCAAGCCGAUACGUGUCCAUUAACGUUUGUGACUAUGUAGUAGAUCUGAACCUAUCCAGUCAAAAAGAAAUCAAGUUGUGGAAGGAGCCUGCAACAUGGGAGCUCGUACAUUCGGAACAAUUUCUCGACGCCGAGCAAUCCAUGUCGCCAUACCGAUCAUUUUACAUCCCUAUGCUCACACCACGAUACGUCCAUUACGCAGACUAUGCAAUUUACAAGCGCAAGAAAGCUGCCACGAACUAA